AUGGAAAAAACCACACAGAAUAUGACCAAAGAUGAUAAAGAAGAAAUUAUUUUCCGAAGCCGUUACCCAUCUGUUCCCAUUCCCGACAAAGUUACCUUGCCGGAGUUCGUGCUUAAGGAGUCAGAAUUGUAUGCCGACAACGUGGCAUUCGUGGACGCCUCAACCAAGAAGUCCUACACUCAUGGUCAAGUUCUUAGGGAUGUGAAAAGGUUUUCAAAGGCAUUGAGGUCCCUUGGCCUAAGAACAGGCCAUGUUGUGGUUGUGGUACUCCCCAAUGUUGUCGAGUAUGCGGCUGUGGCUUUAGGCAUAAUGGCAGCCGGCGGUGUCUUUUCAGGCGCGAACCCUUCUAGCCAUUCGUCUGAAAUCAAGAAACAAGUUGAGUUAGCCGAAGCCAAACUAAUUGUGACCGAUGAUCGUACUUAUAGUAAGGUGAAUGAAUUAGGUUUACCUGUGAUAGUUGUGGGCGAAGAACGAGUACAAGGUACCAUAUUUUGGACAGAAUUGCUUGAAGCUGCCGAACGGGCCAGCAACAAUGGCAUCGAAAUUGAAGCCAAUGAAAAUGAUCUUUGCGCCCUUCCAUUCUCAUCCGGGACAACAGGACUUUCAAAGGGAGUAAUGCUAACUCAUAGAAAUAUUGUAGCCAACCUUUGCUCAACUCUUUUCAGUGUUGGACCCGACCUCAUAGGCAAACUCACCAUUUUAGGACUAAUUCCGUACUUUCACAUAUAUGGGCUCACUGGAAUCUUGUGUGCUACACUUAGAAACAAAGGCAAAGUUGUGGUGAUGGCAAGGUAUGAUUUGUCUAUUGUUUUGAAAGCAUUGAUUGAACAUGAAGUAACUUUUGCACCCAUUGUGCCCCCGAUACUCCUCGGAUUAGUUAAACAUCCCAUCAUGGAAGAUCUCGCUAAGCUCAAACUUAGAUCCGUUAUGACAGCUGCCGCGCCUCUUGCCCCGGAAAUCUAUGAAGAAUUCCAGAGGAAAUUCCCGCAAGUUGAGGUUCAAGAGGCUUAUGGGAUGACAGAACAUAGCUGCAUAACUCUAACACACGGAGAUCCAAGAAAGGGGCAUCACACAUCCAAAAAACGAUCGGUUGGCUACAUACUACCGAAUCUAGAAGUGAAAUUCGUUGAUCCUGAUACUGGUCUGUCGCUACCUUCAAACACUCCCGGAGAAAUAUGUGUUAGAAGCCAAUGUGUCAUGAAAGGUUACUACAAGAAUGAAGCCGAGACAGCUCAAACUAUUGAUGAAAAAGGAUGGCUUCACACAGGCGACAUUGGCUUUAUUGAUGAUGAAGGUGAUAUCUUUAUAGUCGAUCGUAUGAAAGAGCUCAUCAAGUACAAAGGAUUUCAAGUCGCACCAGCGGAGUUAGAGGGAAUACUUCUAGGACAUCCUUCUGUUGAAGAUGCCGCGGUUGUGGGGUUGCCAGAUAAAGAGGCAGGGGAAAUACCAGGGGCAAAUGUGGUAAUGAGCAAAGAUGCAAAAGAAAGUGAAGAAGACAUGAUGAAGUAUGUUGCUAAUAAUGUAGCACAGUACAAGAAGGUGAGAGUGCUACAAUUUGUGGACAAUAUACCAAAAUCACCCUCUGGCAAAAUCAUGAGAAGGCUCAUUAAAGAGAAGAUGUUGGAAAGUAUUGCCAAAUCUGCUGCCCCAUAAGCUAACUACGCACAAAGUACAACAAUUAAUACUUUCAAGGAAUAAUGAUCAUUAUAUCUUUUCCCGACCUAUACUUACACUGCCAAUAAUAUAUCCAAAUGCAUUUCUUUUUACCCUUGACUGGUGUUAUACGGUUAUG